CCAUUAUUAUAAAGAGCUCCCUUCUUUCAAAUCCAAAAAUUCCUUCUCUUUUCAUGGAUUCCUCUAAAGCUUUUCUGUACUUAGUCUUCUUACUCUUUUCACUUCAUUUCUUUACGGCUCUUGCCACUGAAUUUGCUGUUGGUGGUGACAAAGGAUGGGCUGUUCCUAAAGUAAAAGAUGAUCAAGUGUAUGACCGGUGGGCUGGAAAAAAUAGGUUUAAGAUUGGCGAUACCUUGAGUUUUGGGUAUAAGAAAGAUUCAGUUCUGGUGGUGACUAAAGAAGAGUACGAGAAAUGCAAGUCGAGUCAUCCAAUUUUCUUCUCCAACAAUGGAAAAACCAUCUAUAAAUUAGAGCAACCAGGGUUGUACUACUUCAUCAGUGGAGUAUCAGGACAUUGCGAGAGGGGUUUGAAAAUGAUAAUCAAAGUUUUAGAAUCAGAAUCCCCUCCUCAAUCUGCUAACCAGACUUCCCCAACUAGUAAUGGUGCUAGUGCAGCUGCUACUCCAACUGCAUUAAUGGGGUUUGUUGUGUCAUUAUUUGGAGCUCUUAUUUAUUAAUUAGUUUAUGAAUUUUGAAUAUUUUGUGUUUUUCACGUUAGGUACUUGGAGUUGAAACUAGGUUUCUACUUUCUACUAGUUUGAUUAUGAACUCAUGGAAUUUGUUUUUUAGGUUUCAAUAUUGAAAUAAUUUAUUUUACUAGAUUGGAAA